GUCACAUGAAAAGCAUACGUUUUACAAGAUGAGCAAGUAGGCUUCUGGAUAUUGGCAGUGGUUGGCUACAGAAUCGGCAAAAGUUACACAGCACAUAGAGAAGCUGGCGUAACAAGUGACAAAAUCUUAUCGUGCAAGACAGCACUUGGACAAAGAUUGGUUUGCCCGGCGGGCAGAAUUGGCAAAAGUUGGCAGUCCUGCAAAGAGAGGAGGUCAGGUUAGAGUAGCAAACGCAAACUUGUUCCUGCAUGCACCUCUUGUUUUUCCUCCGGCGCAUAUCUAAAGCUGAGAUGAAACUUUAGUGCCGGUGAAAUAUUUUACUAAUAUAAUAGAAACUGUUGGUGGGUGCACACCUUGAGAAAGUGCAUCUCGAGGAGUACAAAUAUUUGUAAAAAGAAAAAGAAUUCCUUUUCAAAUCUCCGCCGAAAACAAAAACACUGCAGAAAGUUGGGCCAUGAGCAUUUCUUGUGGGCAAACGUAGCAAAGAGUGAGCAAUUGACCAUCCUUUGGAUGGAGUAAUGGAAGGGCAAGGCAGGAAAUUAACCCCGUAUAUAUAGCCAAUCAACCCACACCCCAGAUGUAAACGAUCAGAGACGACGGCACUGGCGUAAAACAUAUUUGCUCUGCUCAGCACACCUUCCGCGGGCAAUGGCAAUGCCUCCUCACCCUUGUCGCGCCAGUGGCUGCUUGGCACUGGCCGUUGCCAUCUGCAUCCUGUUGCCAGGCUGCUUCUCUAGCAAAAUUGCCCUGGAGAUCUUCGAGAGGGCGUGCCACUGCUUCGACGACCACAAUGUGUACAACGAGUGCGCGGAGGAGCUUCGGCUGGGCGUGGAGGGGGCGUUCCACGUGGGGCGGGAGAGCGUGGACGAGUACUGCGGCGGGGCCUGCCUCGCCGAGACGGAGAUGGCGCUGCGCUGCGUGGAGGAGGUCGCCCACGACGGCUUCAGGUUCUCCAACGGCGCCUCGCUGCUCGCCGUCAAGCAGGCGCUCGGCAGCGGCUGCAGCUACACGCCCGACAGAGGAACCUUCGACAUACGCGAGCGCAGGGAGUGCGGCGACGGGUACGGGUACGGCUACCACGGCUACGGCGAGCAGCAGCAGCAGCAGCUCGGCGACGGCGAGGAGGGCGGCGACCGGCGGUACGAGUACCCGGGCGGCGCGUUCGGCAACUACUGCUCCGGCACCACCGGCGGCGGCCCGGUGCAGACGCUCCUCCUCGCCUUCUUCCUUGUCUCCGCGUCGGCACUGCUUCUUGCCGUAUGAGCGAUAGUGAUCUUAGGAUGUACUUGUAAUGCUUUUGGUUUCAGGUUGAGUUAUCUCAUUAUAUA